AUGUUUGUGUUGUACCUUGCAUUUGCUGUGUGUGGGUCUUUGAGGAAGGCUCUUCUUGAGGAUGGGGAUGUGCAGAGUGCGAUUGAUGCUUGUGAAACAAGGCAGGAGCCGCUUGACCAUUUCUAUGCAUAUUUUGUCAAGAAGGUGUUUAUGGGUAAGGGAGACGAGGCGCUGGCUGCAUAUGUGCUGUCGAAUGGGGAUGAAGCUCGGAGCAUGGUUCUUGGAUCUGUGGCAAUAAACUCCGGUAGCUCAGACAAAGACCUGAAGCUUGCUGCAGACUUGCUUUGGAGAGAGUCCUCAAGGGUGUCCAUGAAGUACCUGCGCAAUCCGCAUGAGUUUGCAGCAAUGGAUCGGUUUGAAAGCCUGGACAAGAAGUUUUUGCCGCCCAGGGCAGUUUCUAACAUUAUUACUAUGGUCUAUUCUGGAGACGAGGCGUCUGGAAGGCUGUUUCUGUCGUUGCUUGAUAGGAAGCAGCUGUUAUUGAAGGAUCAUACUCAGACAGUGGUGUAUCUUGCACAGAAGGGACAUGGACGAGCACUUGGAUAUCUUGGCGAGAUGCAUUACUAUGGAAUAGGCGUGGAGAAGUCUCUUGAGAAGGCGAUGUAUUUCUACUCGAAGGCGAAGGAAAUAAAUGAUGCAAUAGGGAUGUGUGGAGUGGGAAAGGUGCUGCUUUCAUCGGAGUAUAUGGACAGGAAGAACGCACGGCAUGCACUGGCUCGUACAGCAAGAUUCUCACGCUUUGGUGAGAUUGAGUAUCUGCUGUAUCUAUUGAACUCGAACAGGCUGCUUUUGAAUGCAGAAAUCCAUAUGGAGAAUGCAUUGAGGCAAGGAUAUCUUCCUGCAAUACACAUGGAUGGAAUGGGAUACUACCUGCAGGGCGAAUAUGCAAAUGCAUGUGCCAGGUAUCAGGCAGUCCUGGAGUACUCUGAUUUAGCGGUUGAGUUGAAGAGCAUGGCGCAGAAUGACUUUGCAGCAGGAAGAUACAGACAGAGUGUAAUUGGAUUGCUUAUGUGUGCAGAGCUUGGAUCGAUGUCUUGCAUGCAGAAUGCAGUGUAUGUGCUUGAGAGGCAUUGGCUGUUUGAGAAGCAGCAUGAGAUUCUUCUAUGGCUGUAUAUGCAGCUUCUUCAGAGAGGAGAUCAUGAGGUGGUUAAUAGGAUAGGAGAUGCGUAUUUCUAUGGACGAGGAGUGGCAAGGUCGUACAGGGAUGCAUUGGCAUACUACAUGUCUGCAGCACUGAUGAAUAGUGCAGAAGGGCACUACAAUGUUGGAUACAUGUAUGAGCAUGGAUAUGGGGUUGAGAAGAGCCUUAUGAGUGCUCUGCGGCACAUAAUGAGGAUACAAUCGACGGAUGAGGUGUAUUUGCUACUGUUCUAUACGUAUAUACGGCUUGGGAUGAAGUUUGUUAUAGGAAGUGUGCUGAAUAGGUAUGUGGUGGGGGUUUGUGCAGGAUGGAUGGGGAUAAGAAGGAUGUGCAAGAUUGGCAUGAGGAAGGAACUGAGGGAGAAUGCCGGAAAGAAGGACGGGUGA